AUGGACUCAAAACGAAUCAGAAUCAUUGUAAUAUUAUUUUGUGUGUACCUACUGACUUUUGGCGUACAUUUAAACAUUUACAAAGAUGAUGAUGCAGAAUGUGAUGUUAUCGAUGAUAAUUGUGAAGAAGUUAGCAUAUUGUGUGAUGUAAAUGAUGACGAUGUUGAUUGUUUACAAGCUGAUGAAGAAGCAAAUGAGCAAAAAAUCAAAGAAAAAGUUAUUAAUAAAUUUAAAAAACUUAAAAGAUUCAAGAAAAGAAAUAAUGAUGAUGAACAAACACGUGAUGAGAUUAAUAGAGACUUUUAUUGGGUCGCAAUAGUCGGAAUUGCAUUAACAAUAGUUUGUUCUGCAAUAUAUUACAGAUACUUAAUACACAAAUGUAAAACUAAGUUUAGGCAAAUAAUAUGA